AUGCUGUUUGGUCGCGCUUUCGUUUUGAUCUUUACGGUGAGUUCAUUACCGAUUUUUCCGUUGAUUGAUUCUUCUUUUUCAGUUUGCCAUCGUUCAAGUCAGAUGCGAUCUAGCUUGGUCCAAAGAUUACCCAUUGCCAUAUCGACUCAACUUCACGGACAACCGGCGCUUUGAGAUUGGUAAGGGAUCUUGUGGGUAGAGAGAUGGUAUUGAAGAAGUCAAAGGGGGUUUGGAAAAGAAAUAAGAUUGGGCGAGCAAAGAAGCCGUGUGGAUCUUAAAAAUCAAUUUUUUGAAUUGCGAGCGACUUUUCGGGUCGGCGACAGCUCGGGUCAACACAAAAUCGACCGAGAGGUGCCGUAGGGCAGGUGGAUGCUCAAAAAAAUUCUAGUAGAAAGUGCCUACGAGCCCUGGCAAGGCCGUUGGAUGGUCGGCGGAGGCUCGACGCACACUUGGCGGAGGCUUGCUUUAUGUCCACUUUUUCUAACCUUAGCUAUUGCUAGCGGUAGUUUUUUUACCCUGGGUUAUUGUAACAUAUAAGCGACCAAAAUUUGCAAGGAAAACGAAGAUCCGUAACUUUUAUCUAGAUAUUAUUGAUGUGAGUACAUGUAAAAUACCUCAGAAUAGGUGAUUUGCUAUCCUAGUAGUCGAUAAAUCUUGUUAUUUCUACUAAAUAAGCCUUAUCUCCUAUGCUUACAUCGACAACCGAAGCGAUCCAUAGUAUCGUUGACCCGAACUGUCGCUGACACAAAAUGCCAUAGCGCCAUGUUAUCGGAAAAGUUGACCUUUUUGCUGACUAACCCUCCCUAAAAUCCUUUUUCCAGGCUGCAUGGUCGUAAUCUACCUUCGGCUGCAAGAGGGCACCAUGAUUAAUUUGAUCGAUGAGAACGGUGACAUAAACUUUCACGUCGUCGUUCACUGGUGGUCGAUCAUUUUGAACUCGAGGUUCCGCGGUGCCUGGGGUCAGCAGAUUGUCUUCUGCGAAGAAAAAGUCGUCCACCCGGACUGCGUAAACCACGGCGACAUCUCGGAAGUGAUCAUUGAGAGAGUCGAAGGCGGUUACAAUUUGAUUACGAACGGAAAACAAAGGAAUCCCACUGUUUUUCCACAAGACUUGAAACGCAAGCGAUCGCUCUGUCGUUGGAGAGUCUAA